AUGAGCUCCCCACCCAAACCACGAGUCCAACGUGACCGCCAGAGGGACCAGUACGAGCGCUCAUCCCCUCCAAAGAUCGACUUCGGCAUCGACUCCACCGCUAGCGAUCUGAUGCCACCCGUCCGCGCCCCCUACGUCUCUCGCAACAAGUCCAGCUCCGUCUCUUCCGGCAGCACCGCCAGCUCGCCAGACCGCGAGAGGGGGCCCAUCACAUACCCAAACUACUACGACUUCACUGAACCUGAGCCGCAACCUCGCCCCCACCAGAACGGCCACUCGCCCCAGCGAGAUCACGUCAGGCGCAGCAGCAACGGCAACAACAACAUGGCCAACAUGGCGAUGCAGGUGCCCAUCCAGCAGCAGCAGGGCCAGGGUAGACUCGUCGACAACGCACGCAACAGCAACGGCCCCGUCACCACCCAGCAGAUAGCCCAGGCCGCCCGCAACAACGCCGCCCCGCGCGGGUCCAGACCGCCCAGCUACAGCGGCUCGCAACACGGGCCCCGCUCGCCCGAAGACGCCAGCAUGGCCCCACCAAACAAGGUCGACAUCGACGCCGCCCGCUACCGGCAGACACAGCAGCGGCGGCCCCAGCCCACAGCCAAGGACGGGCGGCCACCGACAAACGGCAGCAGCGGGGGCAACCGGCCGCCAUCAUCAGGCAUGGGCCGGCCCGUCAGCCCGGACUCGCCGCUGCUGUCGCCGGCGGCGCACAUCCAGCGGCUGCCGACGCCGAGCAUCACGACGAGUGUGCUGCAGCCGCUGGACGCCAAGGUGACCGAGUACGGGGCGCUGAUGGCCGAGGCGCAGGCGGACAUGGCGCAGCUGGACGAGGAGCUGCGGCAGCUGCAGGAGCGGCAGCGCGAGGCCGAGGCGCGCUUCCUCGACGCCAAGGCCAAGCACGACGACUACCGCCGCCAGUACCACGACGUCGAGCGCGCCCUGCGCGGGGACUUCGCCAACGCCAACGACGGCAUGCGGAACGGCAACGUGCCGCCCAUGCCGUCCAUGCCCAACCUGACGAACCGCCACGACAUGAUGAUGGAUGGCCCGAAUAACAACCGUGGAGGACCCAUGGGGGGACAGCCGCCGGCGAUGAGGAGCCAGCGCACCGUGAGUGCCCAUAGCGAACAGCCCAGCAUGAUGAGCCAGGAGUCGGUGCGCACGCAGAAGAGGGGCCGCUUCAGCAGGAUAUUCGGGGUCUGA